AUGUGCGACAGAGAUGUCCAGCAGGACCUAAGCCAAAAGACUGAGAGAGUCACCAAGACAGCGGCAGUCGAUCUGGUGGGAGAAGGUCCUCAGGAGCAGUCUUUCAAAGAGAAAGCCCACCUCCAGGAGCACCUACAGAGCUUGAUAAAGGAUUUACAGGCCCUGUCUCUGGGAAGAAAUCAGCAGGAAAACCAAAACGAACAGACGAAUCACAAGAAAGUAUCCCUUGUAAGGGAAUCUGAAAGCCUGCAGAACAAGGGCUGUGAACUGCAACAAGAAGAUCUGACUGUCACUAAAAGCUUGGAGGCUACAGGAAUGCAGAAAGGUGAGGUGGCCAUGAGGCUGAGCUCAACCCAGGACCAGGAGCAUCUGAAGAUAAAUGACCUGAGGGUCAGCAUAGAGGCUGACAAGAGCAAACACUUGGAGGAAAUGAAAGCAACUGACAAUAAGGAGGACAAUCUUUCAAGCCAGGUGCAAAUGGCUGGAAAAAGCCAUGAGGCGACAAUUCUUCAUGCUGAGCAUUCCAAAGCAGAGGUGGAGACCCUAAAAACUCAACUACAAUCCAUGAAAAAACACCUGACAGCUUCAGAAUUGGACCUCAUCAGAAUCCGGUCCGAAAAAGAAAAUCUGACCCAGCAGCUGCGAGAAAAACAGGGUCAAGUGACAGAGUUGGACACAUCGCGUUCUUCACUGCUACAGCUGUUAGAGGCAAAGGAGGAAGAAAAUCGGCACAGGCAAGAAGAGUCCAAAGCUGAAGGGGAAAUGCUGGAAAAAGAAUUAAAAGAGCUGAUGAAGGAGGUGGCAGCUCUGUGUGAUGACUCACAAGCCAGGAAGUUCCCAGAAGAGAGCUCCCCUAUGCAGAGAGUGCAACAGCUGCACAAGAGCAUCAAAAAGCUGAAAGACCAACUAGAAGACGAUGACAAGAAACAAUUCUUCGUCUUAGCAAAACUGCAGGAAACUAAGCAUCAAGCAGAGUCGUUUAAGGGGGAAGUCGAUCAACUUGAAAAAGAACUGAAAAAGGCCAAAAAAACCCAUGAGCGGGCGACUCGGGAGGCACAGGGCUCCAAAGCAGAGGCAGACAAGUUGAAAGCCAAGCUAGAAGAGAUGGCCCCAAGUCUGAAAGAUCUCAGGUCAGAAAAAGAAAAACUGACCAAAGAAUUACAAAAAGCGCAAGGACGCGUAUGUGAAUUAGAGCAGUUAAAAGCUUCCUUUGACAAUCGAUCACGAGAAAAAGAGCAGGAAAUCGUUCGUGUGAAACAAGAAUGUAAAGCUGUCCAGGAGCGGCUUCAAGCGCAAAUAAAAGACCUGAAGGACAAACGGCCCUCCCUGGGUGAUGGCCAUGGGACCUGCAAGGCCAGAGAACAAGGCCUGAGUGCUCAAGUAGCUUAUCUGCAGCUUGAGAAAUGUCAGCUGCUGCAAGGCCUUGACCAGGCCAGAGGUCAUUCCAGUAUGUUGCUAUCUUCUGUGAAUGGCCUGGUUCAAGAAUUAGAAGACAGCAAAGACAAACUAAAGAGGAGGGAGCAAGAGAUAACCGUCUUAAAACAUCAAAUCCAGGACCCAGCACAGCAGGUCUCUAAGUUGUCCCAGCAAGGAGGAGAGCCCCAACUUCUAAAGAAGCAGAAAGAACUGGAGGGUCUGACUGUGCAAUUGGAGCAGAAGAUCCGAAGUCUGCAGUCCAAAAACCACACUUUGCAGGACACCUACAAAGUGCUGCAGAACUCCUCCAGGCACCUGCAGAAAGACCUGGAAUCGAUAAAAAUGGAAAAGCAGUCCUAUGUGGAAAGAGUAAACUCCUUGACUUUGAGGGAAACAGAGCUGAAGAGGAAAGUGCACGAGAUAACCCAGAAAAUGACAGACUUGAAAGAAGAAUUCAUUGGGGAGAAACAUAGGCUAACUGAAGAAUUAAAUGUAAUGUUGGAAGAAAUGAAGCCCAAAGAAGCCCAACUGAAGGCAUUGGUGCUAGAAAAUGGUGACUUGAAGAGGAGCUUGGACCGCAUACACAAACAUCAGAUGGAAAAUCAGGAGAAAAUGAGAGAAGAAAUAGCUGAAUAUCAGAGACAGCUUGAGAAGGCUGAAAAGAGACACCAAACUUUGCUUCUGGAUACAAACAAACAGCAUGAAGCGGAAAUCCAGACAUAUAGAGAGAAACUCACUUCUACAGAAGAAUGUCUCAGCUCACAGAAGGUGGAGAUAGACCUCUUGAAGUCCAGCAAAGAACAGCUCAGUAAUUCUUUGAAAGAAAACACUGAGCUUUUAGGAGAAUUGAUAAAAACCAAGAUAAACAAUCAAACACACAUAAAGCAGCUGAAGAAGGAAAAGGAAGGUGCCCAGAGAAAGAUCGAUUUUUGUCUCAGACACUAUAAGCUGAUGGAAGAGGAGAUGGAAGAGUUGCAGAAAAAGCUGUGUGAGCGUGAAGAAGCUGCACCAGAGAAGCAGAAACCAGGUGCUCUUGUGGAUGCUCACGCAGAUGAACUGAUGACCAAGGUGAAAGAAUUGAAAGCCACCCUUGAAGAAAAAAGCAAGGAGGCAGAAGAGUACUUGAAUAAGUACUGUUCCCUGCUCACAAGCCACAAAAAGCUGGAGAGAGAUAAAGAGAUUUCAGAAGCCCAAGUGGCUCAUCUGACUUCACAACAAUCUCCACCCAAUAUCGAGAUUUCCCCUUUGCUGAAGUCAGUUGAUCCAGAGUCACUUCCAGUCCCUUGUGUUACUGAAACGAAGGGAUCAUCCAGCCAAACGAAAGCUUCAAGUAAGAGGCAAAGGUGCAGUGGGAUUCGGGAGAACAAGGGAGGAACAGCACCUUCCACACCACACACGUUUCCUAAAAGAAGCCGGAAGGCAGCCAAAAGGGGCACACCCCCUGCAGAGGAUGUGGAAGACACUGAGCUUGAGCCCCAGGGACUUGCAGAAGUUGGAAAGGAAGGGCCUGCUGCCAUCCCAACAGGAAAGACAAGCCCCUACCUCCUGCGAAGUACAACCAUGGCAAGCAGGAGCAGCCCACGCCUUGCCGCUCAGAAGUUAACACGCUCCCUCCUAAAUAUCUGCAAAGAGAGCCAUGCUGGGACCUCCCAACCAACAUCUGCUGGCAGCAGAUCACAAAAGGUGAAGGUGGCUCAGCAAAGCCCCUCGGAUUCAGGCACCAUCCUCCAAGACCCUUCAGCCAGACCUCUCUUGGCCAGUAAGCUCCGUAAGAGACAGUGGGCCAGUGGCCCCAGCGAGGGCCUGAAGUCCAAGCGAGGCUGCCCCGCACCCAGCUCGGAAGCUGGCACCCAGUCCCGUGAGACCUGUAGCAUCCAGUAGAAGAGACCUUGUGUGUUAGGGCCCCUGGCAGGUGGCCACAGUUGGGUGUUAAGCUAGGUACCCACAGGGGCUUUUAUUUACUCAGGGACACAUUAUCAGUAGGAAGAAAGCAAUUUCUCAGAAAUCUAAAUGUACUGUACUCUUUAGAUAUCCCAUUGGGAGUAUUAGAAAAGUUUGGAAGCCCUAAUCACCUACCUAUUUCUUACUGAUGUGCCUCCUGCAUUCUGUGCAUAGUAGUGUAGAAAGACUUUUGGAAGUAUUACACUUGAGAGUCAAGCAUGGUCUCCCUUCUCUGUGUGUGUGUGUAGUUUGAAAAUACAAAACAAUUUAUACUUCCAAUUAACUGCUCCAGGAAAAUGUAAUCUUGCCUUGUGCUAUUUCCUAUGUACUAUUCCUUGUACUAGACAUGAAAUACUUUCAGAGAACUUGUUAGAGCUGAGUCAAAUGAAGGAAAGCCAUGUUGUAUGCUUUUAAGGAAAACGUGCUCAAAUAUUCACUAUGGCAGCCUCGUUGCUGGCCCCUUAAGAUGUAAUGUAUCAAAUGUUCUUUUAUGGUGAUAAGUUCUUUGAAAAGGCCAAUAUGGUGUGCAUUCCCCUAAAUGGUGAUGUUGUAUUAAAACAAGGCAUUUUGUUCUCGUAAAACUUACCUCUGUUUCUGUAAAAAUGAUUCCUAAACAUAAAUGCAUUAUGAACACUGGGACCACUUGUUGCCAAUUGCAACAACCUCUUACCAAAGUA